AUCCUUGCCCAAUCGUCGCCUGUUCCCCGCCCCUUUAGUUUACGCGAGAGGCAGAACCAGCCAAUCCCUGCCGGGAUAAUCCCCACACCCGGCUAGAGGCCCGAUUCCGCGUGUCUACGGACCUUGCUGGGGGACGCUGCAGACGGCGUAAUGUCCUGGUCCGGCCUUCUCCGUGGCCUCAGCACGUCCCUAAAUUAUGGACUAGCCCUGGUCCCCCAGACCUGGGCCACGCGCCCCAUGGCCACCCUGAACCAGAUACACCGCAAGGGGCCUCCGAAGUUUCCGCCUCGGAAAUUGGGCCCCACGGAGGGCCGUCCGCAGCUGAAGGGCGUGGUCCUGCGCACGUUCAUCCGCAAGCCCAAGAAGCCCAACUCGGCCAACCGCAAGUGCUGCCGCGUGCGGCUCAGCACGGGCCGUGAGGCCGUCUGCUUCAUCCCGGGAGAGGGCCACAACCUGCAGGAGCACCACGUCGUGCUGGUGCAGGGCGGCCGCACGCAGGACCUGCCCGGCGUCAAGCUCACCAUCGUGCGCGGCAAGUACGACUGCGGCCACGUGCAGAAGAAGAAGUGACUGCGAGGGACACGGCGGGUGGGUGUUCACGCAGAACGGGACCCUUCCCCUCGGGGCUCCGGCAGCAUCCUCGGGGAGCUGGCCCAGCUCUAGAAGUAGCCGGUCCUGGCUCAAACCCCGGCCACCUCUUCCGUCAGAGCCACCCUUAACCCAUAGUGGUCUUGGGUAUGAAUCAGAAAAAGGCGCCCCUCUCCCAACACCCUUGGACAAGACGCUUUAUUGCCAUCUGCUGGCGAGGGGUUCUAAUAAACAGACCACCCCCAUGGUUGCGGCUGGA